AUGGAUCCGUUUCGAAAAAGAUUCUCAGUUGAUGACAUCCCUAGACUAUCCGGCAAGGUCAUCAUAGUCACCGGUGGUGCCACUGGAAUUGGGAAACAAGUGGUGGAACAGCUAUUGAGGCACAAUGCCAAAGUAUAUGUUGCUUCUCGAUCGAAGGAGAAAUUUGAGCAACUUUUUAACCACCUGGAGUUAAUCGACCCACUUAUGGUUGCAGGCUUGUGCUUUCUGGAGCUUGACUUGUCAGAUGCAACUAGUUGCAUCUCUGCGGCAAAGCACUUCACUGACCUUGAGGGAAGACUUGAUGUCCUUAUUGCGAACGCUGCGUUGGCUGUUGUACCAGAGACACUGUCAAGUGAUGGAAUUGAGGUACAGUUUGGUUACUUCGGCCAUUUCGUGUUCACGCGCAACCUUCUGAACCUGAUUCAAUACACUUCCGAAGCAUUUGGUGAGGCGAGGGUUGUCAUUGUUGCAUCGCAUGCUCAUGCCAUGUAUAAGCCGGUUCUACCGAACAAAAUCGAUUUUGAAGGCCUAAGGACGGAGGGUCAACAAACAAUAAAGAGCCUUGCGGAUGUACAAGCUAGCUUGCAGAGGUACGCACGUUCAAAGCUAGCUAAUAUACUAUUUGCCCGGCGUCUCCACGCACACUUUCAGGCAACAGGUUACUCCAACAUUCUUGUCAAUUGCCUCAAUCCAGGCACUGUCGGCACUGCUCCGGGGUCUGACUCAGCUGCACUGCCGCCAGCGUUCAAGUUCGUCAACACUUCGCUCGUCCGAUUGAUGAGCAUAUCGCCAGAAGACGGGGCUCUGACAACGCUGCUGGUCGCUACAGACCCAGAGAUUAAGUCAAAGUCACUAAGUGGGCGGUAUUUCGACGUUGGACCGCUUGCUGGAAAGUUCUACUAUGGCUACACUUGGGAUGCCACAGACUCAAAAUUGUCUGAUCUAGCAAAGGAUGAGCAUCUUGGAGAGAUGCUAUGGAAUUGGAGUGCGGAAGCAGAGGCCUCAAUCAACCUGUUCGUUUAA